GGGAACACAUCGUAUUACCAUCUCCUCUCCCAUCAUUACCACCACCACCACCGACAACCAUAAAAACUAUACCUUGUUAGAAGAGUAUCGACCAUGAGUUCCGAGGAAGCCGCACAGGAGGGCGGAAGCCAAUUUGACGAUCAGUCCACCCAGAUGGGUGGGCCGGGAGCCCCUACUCCCCUCUCUGCCCUUGAGGUUCGCUAGUGCCCCUGUCUAUUACAGAUGUAACGGGGUGGGGAGGAUGGCUAACCGAUGGGCGCAUACAGGGUAAUGGAAUCAGCGCACGGGAUAUCAAGGCCGUUGUGGAGGCCGGGUAUAACACUGUCGAGGCCGUGGCGUAUACGCCGAAGAGAGCUCUGCUCGUUAUCAAGGGCAUUUCCGAGGCUAAAGCGGAUAAACUUAUUGCCGAAGGUAAACGUUGACCGUUUGUUCCCGUGCAGGGGCCAUGACCUAACAAGCCAUGUCCAGCUUCAAGAUUAGUCCCCAUGGGAUUCACCACCGCAACAGAAAUGCAUCAACGUCGCAGUGAGUUAAUCUCCAUAACAACCGGUUCGAAAACCCUCGACACCCUUCUAGCAGGCGGUAUCGAAACGGGCUCCAUCACAGAGGUAUUUGGUGAGUUCAGGACCGGAAAGAGCCAGCUUUGUCACACUCUCGCUGUGACAUGUCAACUACCUUUCGACAUGGGUGGCGGUGAGGGAAAAUGUCUGUACAUUGACACUGAAGGCACCUUCCGUCCUGUCCGUCUACUGGCUGUUGCCAACAGAUACGGAUUGAAUGGAGAGGAGGUUCUGGAUAAUGUUGCUUAUGCACGUGCAUAUAAUUCCGACCAUCAGUUGCAAUUGUUGAACCAGGCGGCCUCGAUGAUGACUGAGACGAGAUUCUCGCUCUUGAUAGUGGACAGUGCGACUUCAUUGUACAGGACGGAUUUUGCGGGGCGUGGGGAACUUUCUGCUAGACAGACGCAUCUGGCAAAGUUCAUGAGGACGCUGCAGAGACUAGCUGAUGAGGUUUGUCCCGCCUGACCUAUCAGAGAGCUACUCCGGGAUGCUAAUGCGGAUUGCAUAGUUUGGUAUUGCGGUAGUUAUCACCAACCAAGUUGUCGCACAGGUAGACGGUGCGGCAAUGUUCAAUCCCGACCCGAAGAAGCCUAUUGGCGGAAACAUUAUCGCGCAUGCUUCUACCACCCGGUAUGUAUUCUCUACACUUGUACUACAUCACAAUCCACUAACACCCGCCUAGCUUAUUCUUCAAGAAAGGUAAAGGUGAAACCCGUAUAUGCAAAAUUUACGACUCCCCAUGUCUACCAGAGUCGGAGUGCAUGUUUGCUAUCAAUGGUGUGUUAUCCCCAUGUUUCUCCCGCUUUUUUUUUUCACUAAUGUGAUACUAACGACUAUGAUAUAGAGGACGGAAUCGGCGACCCAAAUCCUAAAGAUUUAGAAAACUAGAGCACCCACCGUGUCCUUUUCUUCCUUCUUCUUACUCUAUUUUAAAUUCCCUGCCUCUCUCGUUGUCCUGGGGGGGGAGGUUUUUUUUUUCCCUUUCACCUUUGAAUUACGAAUAGUCUCACUGGGGGCGUUGACUAGCUUAAAAGGAUGGUGCUGGGGGGUUCAUGAUGGGAUGUCUUUUUUUCGUUUUAUUUUCCUUCUACUCUCUUUAUGCCUUCAGCUUCUAGCCGGAUGGAUGGAUGGGUGAUGGCGGUGGGGUUGUGCGGAUUGGGGUAUAUAUAUAAUGGAAUAGUAUUUCAUGAGUUUUUUUUUUUUGGAAUAGCACUGGCAGACGUGAGCUGGCUGGUGGCAGUGGAGCACGCAUGUGGCAUACCAUCAUGGACCAAACUAUUGUAGCUUUUGACUCUGUACAGUACGCCGGUUCGGACCAGAGCACCGUGGUGUGCUGGUCAUCGCUGGGUCGAUCCCUUCCUAUCAUGUAAAGGUCCUUACAACCUCUCUCUUUAGUACCCUCCUUCCAUAGAGACUUUCCAUGACUAUUCUACUCCGUGGAGGCCGCAGAAUGUCUACUGCCACACUCACAGCCAAAACUAGUAGUACCAUCUUAGUGGCAAAAUCUGUGGCACUCCCCCCCAUUUUACAAUAAAAAUGGCUGGUUCCAAACAUCCCCAACUCGCCUGAAAGUAGUAUAGAAUUAAUGGAAUCAAUACCAUAGUGUAGACAAUUCCCUAGACUUUGUAGGUAGAAAUUAGACUUUCCCGGCUCCGCUAGUGGGUCCGAGAGCUUGGUGUCUAGUAUGGAUCGUGUUGCAAUGUAACUGUUCAUACAGGAAACACGUAU